CUUUGUUUAGAAAUUUGGCUUAAAAAGUGGCUAAUGUGUUGAUAAGGACUUCUCGUAGACGCUUGACCAUGGGCAUUUGCAAUAGCCAUGGCCAACGAUUUGAUAAGCGACUUUGGAUUCCCUCCACCCACCUGACCUUGCCCCUCCACACGUGAGAGCCGUUAACCGCGUAUUGCGUCGGUCUGUCGCAAUGUGCUUUGGACACGUACCGCCACUAAUUCAUACGCGAUGACAGUUGAGAGGCGGUUGCAUAACAUGUCUAGUGUCAGCUGCCAUGCCAAUGACAUGUGCCCGCAAGGCAGGACAAGGGAUCUGAUAGCGCAUCUCCGUCCGGCGCCCCGUAUGUUGUAUUAUGGGAUUGCGGCAAGUGAAGACGAAACACAAACGAGACAAAGCACCGCAUGAGUAUUUAGAAUUGUGGGAAAAACUUUGUGCGCAAAAGUUUCACGAAGUUGUCGACGACGCAGUGAGUUUGCCGCCUGGAGGUGCUUGCAUGAAAAUCGAGGUUGGCAGUGGUGAGGCGGGAUCGACGCUGGGCCGGGGCUGAUGGAGAUCGACCGCAACGGCCGGCCUGAGCACAGCAUUGCGGGCUGCGCCUGAUA